CUCCGAAAUAUGAAAGGGCAAUGCUAGUUAGUGCGCAUUAGUGUGUCUACCGAUCACAGAGUAUAGUUGCUUGAGUAUAGUUUACCUGCCAAACGUGUAUCUAUGAUUGCUCAAGUUUGUAUACUCGUGCUAUCUUCGUUGUAUUUCGCUAAUUUUCAUGCGAUAUUGAGUCUAGUUGGAAAUACGAAGUAUUUGCAUAGUGUAUACAAGUGCGCAUUAAAGAAGGAGUUAUGGGGGACGCAGCGAUGAACGUCGCAGCGUCCGGUGGCGGCGGUCAGCGUGUCGUUAAGGAAGGCUGGCUGCAAAAACGCGGAGAACAUAUAAAAAAUUGGAGGUCAAGAUAUUUCGUUUUACGGGAUGAUGGCACAUUAGUUGGUUUCAAAGCUAAGCCAGAUCAACAAAUGGCAGCUGCAGCACAACCAUUGAAUAAUUUUACUGUUCGUGGUUGUCAAAUUAUGUCUGUAGAUAGACCUAAACCUUAUACUUUUGUUAUAAGAGGUUUACAAUGGGCUGCUGUAAUAGAAAGAACAUUUCAUGUAGAAACAGAACAAGAAAGAGAAGAUUGGGUAGCAGCAAUUAGAUAUGUAGCUGCUAGGUUAGCAAGUGAAAAACAAUCUCAACAACAAUCUACACAGAUGCAACAUUCAUCAUCAUCUGAAGAUGUUGAUAUGGAAUCUUCAGGAGGUGGUAGGUCAGACUCUUGUGGAUCUGUUGGAGUGGUAUCUUCGGAUGUAGAUGGUGGCAGUAUUGAUGAACUUUCUGCAAAAUUUAGUGUUCAAGGAACUUCUAGUAGUAAAAGUACAGGAAAAAAAAAAGUUACUCUUGAAAAUUUUGAAUUUUUAAAAGUUUUGGGAAAAGGUACAUUUGGAAAGGUAAUUCUUUGUAGAGAAAAGGCAACAGGCCAUUUAUAUGCUAUAAAAAUAUUACGAAAAGAAGUCAUUAUUCGUAAAGACGAAGUCGCGCACACACUUACUGAAAAUAGAGUAUUGCGAACCACAAAUCACCCGUUCCUAAUCUCCUUAAAGUAUAGUUUUCAAACAGCAGAUAGGUUGUGCUUUGUAAUGGAAUAUGUGAAUGGUGGAGAAUUAUUCUUUCAUUUAAGACGGUCUCGUGUAUUUGGAGAAGAUCGUACUCGAUUUUAUGGCGCUGAAAUUAUUUCAGCCUUAGGUUACCUUCAUUCGCAAGGUAUUAUCUAUCGUGAUCUCAAAUUAGAGAAUCUUCUUUUAGACAAAGAUGGACAUAUUAAAAUAGCUGACUUUGGAUUGUGUAAAGAAGAUAUUACAUAUGGAAGAACGACGAAAACAUUUUGUGGAACUCCUGAAUAUCUUGCACCAGAAGUGUUAGAAGAUAAUGAUUAUGGACGAGCUGUAGAUUGGUGGGGAGUUGGUGUUGUUAUGUAUGAAAUGAUUUGUGGUCGAUUACCUUUUUAUAAUAAGGACCAUGAAAAGCUCUUCAUGCUUAUUGUAAUGGAAGAAGUAAAAUUUCCUAGAACAAUCAGUAAUGAAGCAAAAGAUAUGCUUGGUGGAUUACUUAUAAAAGAUCCAAGCAAAAGAUUAGGUGGUGGACCUAAUGAUGCAAAAGAAAUAAUGGAUCAUGCAUUUUUUUCAUCAAUUGAUUGGUCAGAUCUUGUACAGAAAAAAAUUCCUCCUCCUUUUAAACCUCAAGUAACAUCAGACACAGAUACUCGAUAUUUUGAUAGUGAAUUUACGGGUGAAAGCGUAGAACUUACGCCGCCUGAUCAAGGAUUUUUAGGUAGUGGAGGUGGUUUAAAUUCAAUAGCUGAAGAACAAGAGCAUUUUCCCCAAUUUUCUUAUCAGGAAAGUCACUCGGCAGCAACUUCUUCCAUUGUUUCCAUUAAUCACUGACAGUAUCAAACGUUUUCUUUGUUCACAUAUUGAAAUGUAAGGCUAAAUGCAUGAAAAAGUCAGAGACAUUCGAUUUUAUGACGAAUAUUCGUUCUUUUGUCUACUAAUUUGGAAGAAUUUUUUGUUAUACAGAUAAAUUGAAAUAUUAGUUAUUUUCUCUAAUUUAUGAUGCUUUUUUAUGCAUCUUUAAAAGGUUUUAACACAUAUCUCCAAUGGCAGAUUAGUGUGGUUGCGUUUACGUGCGCAUACAUGCACAUACUCAUUGAAAUUGUACAUGAAAAAAUUAUGUACCAUAAGAUUCAAUUAAAUUAAUAUUUAUACCUGCUGAGUAGGUUCGCGGUGAUAUAAUGGGGAUUGAAUGUUAAUUUAAAUCGAAAGCAAAAUAAGAGAGAUAAAAGCUUGUCCCCUAAAUUAUGUUACGCUAUAAAGAGUGGCAUGUUUCUUCUAUAUUUGGAGGAACGAUAUUUGAUAAUCGUAGCUACAAUUUUUUUUUUUAAUGACAAUAUUAUUCGAUAUUUUGGCUUCGUUGUCGAUUCUAACGUAAUAAUUUAUAAAAAAGCAGUUCCUUGUUAUUUUUUUCUAAAUUUAUUAGUCAAAUAUUAUAACAGAAGCCAACAUAGCAAAUUACACUUGACAAGGAGCCAGUCAAUGGACAAAUGGAUUCUCCAUUUUAAAAGUAGAGGCAUAGAAAUAUUAACAGCUUUAAUUGAAUUAUUAUGUAUAUCAGAAAUUUAUAGCAUUAAAAGAAAGCGUUUCUUUGUUAUAUUAGUACUCAAAUUCGGAAAUAUUCUUUUUCCUUAGUACGAAUCGUAUUAUUCAUCAUAUAUCAUUGACAAAUAAUGAUUUACUGUGAGAAUCAGAUGGAAAUAUGAAAUGCUACCCUAAUAUUAUAUUAUUAAUAUUAUAUGCUAUAAUGAUUAUAUAUACAUAUAUUUAUAUUUUAACAAUUAAAGGAUUAUAUUGUACGUAUGCAUUAUUAAUAAUUUCCAUCUCAUUUGUAAUUAGCAAAUUUUUGUAGUUUAUUCGUUUCUAUGCAGAAAGGAAUAGGAAAUUUUUUAAAAUAGAAUGAAAGUAAAUUGUCUUUAAAGUUGGUAGAUAUGCAAUUUUGCUAUUUACCAUAAAAGAGAUACAAAGCAGAAAAGAAAUAUUUAAAUAUUGUUUUAAUUCAUCCUAAAUUAUAUUCUAUAUUUUAUGUUUUACAUAUUUUAUUUAUCAAGAAGAUUUAAAUUGUAUGCUGGUAAGAUAUCAUCUUUUAUGAGCCAAACAUGGUCCAAAACAGCACCUUCCUUGUCAUCGGAUACCUGUAAAUGACAAAUUGUAAAAUGAAUUACAACAAACAUUCCUUGUA